CCUUGAAUCGCCAAAAUGCCAACGUGGAGUCCAACAGGGGUGCAAUCGCCCAUGAUCGAUCGUCUUUACGCCAAAUGCCUCACAACUAUAUAUUUGAAUAUCUUGGCGACAAGAUCUUCAAGUAAACAUGUAAACUUUGCAGUACAAUUUUUGACAGACAAAGUUGGUAAAGUGGACAGUGCAAACGUGUUUCAUUAUCAGUUGGAAUAUCCUACAGCGCUGGAAAUGUCGGCCACAGUACCACAAGACCUUAGAAAUGGCGUUCAUAACGAAGUCAGUAACUUAUCACUAAAUGAAACAUCAAAUGGAAACCGUUCAAAUAUUGUACCAGCAUUUCAACACAGAACUGGUACAUUCAAAGUCAAAGCUGGUUUGGCUCAGAUGGCUAAAGGUGGAAUAAUUAUGGAUGUCACUACAGCAGAAGAAGCAAGAAUAGCAGAGAAUGCUGGGGCUUGUGCUGUAAUGGCUUUGGAAAAGAUCCCAUCAGAUAUCCGCAGAGAUGGGGGCGUUGCACGUAUGACAGACCCUAAGUUAAUCAAAGAGAUUAUAAGUGCAGUAACUAUUCCCGUCAUGGCAAAGGCACGUAUUGGACACUUUGCAGAAGCACAAAUUCUUGAAUCUCUUGGUGUUGAUAUGGUCGAUGAGUCAGAAGUUCUUACAGCAGCUGAUGAUGCAAACCACAUCGACAAGCACAAUUUUAAAGUUCCUUUUGUUUGUGGAGCUAGAGACUUGGGUGAAGCUCUUAGAAGAAUAGCUGAAGGAGCUGCAAUGAUCAGGACUAAAGGACAAGCAGGAACAGGUGAUGUGUCAGAAGCAGUUCGCCAUGCUAGGGCAAUUCGUUCCCAAAUUCGUUAUGCUCAAGGUCUUGACACAGCAGAGUUGUACAACUAUGCUAAAGAAUUAAGAGUUCCAUUUGACUUGCUUCAGAGAACAGCAGAUCUAGGGCGUUUACCUGUGGUGAAUUUUGCAGCUGGAGGCUUAGCUACUCCUGCAGACGUUUCUCUUCUAAUGCAAAUUGGUGUGGAUGGCGUAUUUGUUGGYUCUGGUAUCUUUAGAAGCUCCAAUCCACCCAAACGAGCAUGGGCCAUGGCACAYGCUGUAACACACUACAAAAACCCAGCCAAACUUGCUGAGCUAAGUGAGGACUUAGGGGAAGCUAUGUUUGGACAGCCAGCAUCAAAAGUUGUCAGCUUUAAGUAAUAGGUUCUAGUUCUAGUGCCGCUAAUAGCAAUGGUAGAUUGUGGUGUUUUUUAUUUGAAUUUAUAAAUCUUAGAUGUACAUAAAUUGGUCUUAAUGAUAGCAAUUGCAUGCUUUUUCCGAUGCUUAUUAAUAAUAAUUAAUAAUUGAUAAUCAUUAAUAAUUAUCAACGUGAUUGUUGUGAUAGGGGUUGGUCAAAAKCCAAUACUGGUGUAGCAAAUUAAGUUAAAAUCAACAUUACAUUAUGAAACAUGCAAUGAGGAAUCAAUGCUACAACUAUCAUUCUCUGGCUGAAUUUCUGCAAAAUCAUCAUUUCAUUCCUCAAAGUGACAUGUUCCAGCAAUAAUAUUUAUUUUAUUUUAUUCACGAGAAAAAUGUAUUUAGUGUGUCAGGUUUAGGGGGAAUAUAGAAUGCUCAUUGGUAAAGAUCAGUAGAAAAGUAUUGUUUAAGUAAGUUCCAUGGAUUCUAUUCAAGUAUGGUGAUAUUAAAUAAUGCACAUUUA